UUUUAAUUAAAUUAUUUAUUUUUUUCAAACUUAUAACAUAUAAUAUAUACUCAUAAUGUCAACCACUGCCAAUCCAGUCUUAGGUGAUAUCCAAAAAGGUGCCAAACUCAACCACGUCCAAACCGUUGAUAAAUCAGAACCAAUUAUUGACAAGGAUGUCCACAUCAAAAAGAACAACCACGAUGACUUAUUAUCUGAUAUCUCCAAAGGUGCCAACUUAAACAAAACCGACACCAACGAUAGAUCAAAACCAGCCAUUGACCCAAAUACCCACAUCAAAGAAAACAACAAAGGUGCCUUACUCAGCGAAAUUAAAGCCAAAGGUGCUGAAAAUUAAAUAAAUUAUGUAUAAUUCCAUUUUUAUUGAUUAUUUUAAUAUAAGUAAAAUAAUCAUUUUGUUGUAAUUU